GCCCUUUACGUGAAUGAGAGAAUAGAUCGAGAGGAACUAUGCAGCAAUGAAGAAAAAUGCUCAGUAACUGUAGAAGCUGUUAUUAACAAUCCUUUGAAAUUGUACCGCAUUGAAGUUGCAAUUACAGACAUAAAUGAUAAUUCCCCCAGAUUUAUCAGCAAUUCUCGGUUUAUCAACAUUAGUGAAAGUACAGCAGCUGGCACUAAAUUUCCAUUGCGCCCAGCUCACGAUGCAGACGUUGGAAAAAAUUCAGUUAGUGCCUACAGACUUGGUCAGAAUGAAUACUUUUCUCUAGAUACGCAAAAGGGAGAUAUACUGACCCCAGAACUAGUGCUUCAGAAAAUGAUAGACAGGGAAAAGGAGUCUUUUAUUCAGUUUAUAGUAACUGCUCUGGAUGGAGGAACACCUGCUAACUCUGGUAGUAUGACAAUUAUAAUAAAUGUUAUGGACAUUAAUGACAAUCCUCCAGCAUUCAAUCAAACUCUAUAUAAAGCAAAAGUGUACGAGAAUGUUAAAAUAGGGACGUCAAUAAUACGAUUAAAUGCUACCGAUUUAGAUGAAGGGCAAAAUGGACAGGUUAUAUAUUCAUUUAGUGAAGCAAGUGGGAAAGAAACCGAACUCUUUGAUAUAGAUAAAAAUACAGGGUGUGUAAGAGUUAAAGAGAAUAUAGACUUUGAAGAAAAUAAUGCUUUUGAGAUUCGAGUGCAGGCAAAAGAUAAAGGUUCAUCGCCAUUAAACUCACAUGCUAAAUUGCUUAUUGAAGUUUUAGAUGUAAAUGACAAUGCCCCUGAAAUUAGAGUAACAUCUCUGUUGAACACAGUGAAAGAGGAUGCAUCCAUUGGCCUCGCAAUUGCUCUUGUUUCUGUCUUUGACAAAGACAGCAGUAAAAAUGGAAAAGUUAACUGCAAAAUUUCCAAUGAUGUACCUUUCAGGUUGGAGUCAACUUAUAAGAAUUACUAUUCUUUAGUUGUGGAUGGACCUCUAGACAGAGAAAGAGCAUCACAGUACAAUAUUAUAAUAUCUGCUAGAGAUGAGGGCAACCCACCUCUCUCCAGCACCACCACGAUUCCUGUGCAUGUCUCUGAUGUUAAUGAUAACAAACCUCAUUUCACAGAAGAUAGUAUCAACAUCUUUAUAAAAGAAAACAGUCAAACAGGAUUAGUUAUUAAAACAGUGACAGCAUUUGAUGCCGACACUGAUCAAAAUGGUCUGGUAAGCUAUUCUCUUUUAUAUGAUAACAGUAAUCCUUUGCCUCUUAGAUCCAUGAUAAAUAUUAACUCAGAAACAGGAGAUAUAAUUAAUGCUGAACUGAUCAGCAUUAAUGGAGGGGAUACUUUUACCAGAACUCAGACUUUACCCAGCCAAGAAAAGAAUUGA